AUGAACAAUCGGAACCAGCUUCUGCAGCUCUUGCAGUGUGCUGACCCAUCUGGGCUGAAGAUUUCACUGGCUGCUAUAUUCCGCUUCAUUAGUCUGGCAACUACACUCAAGAAUGAUAUUCUUUUGGUGCAGCUCGGAGACCAGGAUGUCAGCAAACCACCCGCUAAUCUCUCACCAAGUAUUUCGUGUUUCCUCUCCGCUAGCUGUGAUAUAAUUAUGGACGACAUUCCUACCUUCUGGUCUGCAUUAAAGCAUGUCAUUUGGAACGAAGACUGCUUUGGUGUCAAUGAUCACCUUCCAACAUUUUCACGAUAUGGACGCAAGCAUGGGAUCACCCAAUACACCCUAUAUCCACCUAGUCAAACCUGCACUACACCUAGCUGCUCGAACCUCAGAAAGUUAAUGACAGCAAACCAGCGGCCAGCUGUGCUGUAUACCCUCGCGCUAGGCCCCAUUGCCACCUAUUCGGUUGAUUUGAAAUGUGAAGUUUGCAAUACUAAAUUUCAUCACUCCUUUUCGGUUGACCACAAGGUACCCCACGCUAAACGCGAGCGUACAUACUAUGGCAAUGUUCCUAGCAUUAUUCACAUCGGAGGCCACCAGUUUGUUGAGACAGCUGUUGUACGAAUGUGGCGCUCACAAUGUCUUCUCUCCUGGACGUCUAUGUCCAAUUGUGCACGCCUAUAUAAUGUUGCUCUCUCCAAAGGCGCUUCUCCUCCUCCUGACUUCCCUUUCGGAUUUGAGGUAACUGGCGACCAUGUAUGGAGUGGCAUCGUCCAAUUGUCCCUCAUCGAAGACUUGGGGUUGCGUGCAGAGACUUUGGCUGUGUGCCAUGGCGGUGACCACAAAGACCGCUUUACAAAAGCCAUUCGAGCCCGAAACUUGCGCAUCCAAAUGUAUGGCCAAGAGGAGCUACGCCACUAUUGUUCAAAAUGCACCAUCCUAUACGAUGAUAAUGGCAACGGGGUUCCCACUACCAAGCUAUCCGUUGUUGUCACAGACGGCGUCACUGUUGGCCAUCCUUGUUGCGGUGUUCAUAACUGCCAUGACCCAUUGCUCAAUAACCGGGACCGCUUUUGCCUCAAUCACUUGCCACUCGUGAAUACAUGUGCUAUCAUUGGAUGCAACCGUGUGGUUGUCCCCUCAAUGAAGACAUGUGACACACCCACCCACCAAGCAGUCGAGAAGGCUUAUACUGAACGUGGCCAAGCUCGCUUCCAGCUUCAAGAGCGACUUCAGCGCACUUUUGUCGCUACCCCACCAGACUCUAUUCCUGAGGAGGAGUUUCAGGUCGUGUCCGAGGCAACAACUUCACAACAGCCAAUGGCAAGGCUUCGUGCACAGUUUGGACGCAAGCGAACUCACAAUGAGCAGCUGAUUGUUUCCCCUUGCGGAAUGAUCCUUGCACGAGAAACAUUCUUUGGUGCAGAAGGUGUAGCAAGUGUCAUUGAAAUGAUCAAACGUGUGUUCCGUGAUGAGACCAUCAAACCGAGUCAUAUAUUCUAUGAUAACAACUGCACCCUCUCCUACAUGGUCCGCGAUGAUCCUUACUUUCAGAAUGUCGGCCUCUCAGUCGAUGUGUUCCAUUUCAAAUGCAAGCACUCGGAAGAAGAUCGAUGGUGUCAGGAACACUGCAACCCCGCAUUUUUUGAUGAGUUGAAGGGUGACGAUAACACAUGGUUGUUCAACUCAUCGAUAGCUGAACAGACUAAUGUGUGGUUUGGAGGUUACCAUUCUAUAUGUCGUGAGAUGACCGCUGAUCGUUAUGCUUUCUUUUUGGAUGAGAUGAUUAUUCAGAAGAACCGUCUCUUGAAAGUAAAGCUAGCUAGUCAACAACGGUCACCUGGAAACUGGCCUCUGUAG